UUGUUUUUUGUUGUGGUCGGUUGUUGGUUGUUGUUUGUUGAUCAAAAAGGGAAAAGAGGUGAAAGAGUGUUUUUAAAUAUAGAGGCGUAAUUAACUUCGUUGCACUGAUUUGAUUUGUUUAUUUUUGUAAUCUCGAAUGAGGACGCAAGGGGAAAACCAUAAUUAUCACAAUAUUAACUAAUUUAUUUUAAUCCUCUUUUGGCCAUUGGUGAAAUCGGUCCAACAAAGGAAAGAACGAUGAAGUUACUUAUUCUUUUUGCCACAAUAGUCAUAGGCACCCAGGCCAUUUCAUUUUUCGACCUGGUUCAAGAACAAUGGACAUCAUUCAAGAUAACUCACAAGAAACAAUACGAGAGCGAAAUCGAGGAACGCUUCCGCAUGAAAAUAUUCAUGGAAAAUGCCCAUAAGGUAGCCAAACACAACAAACUCUACGCCCUGGGUCACGUUAGCUACAAAUUGGGCAUUAACAAGUAUGCCGACAUGCUACACCACGAAUUCAUACACACGCUCAACGGUUUCAAUAAAACCAAAAAGUUACUGGGUGGCACGAAAUUGGAGCAAGCUGUCACUUUCAUUCCCGCCGCAAAUGUCAAAUUGCCCGAUGAUGUAGAUUGGAGGACAAAGGGAGCCGUCACGGCAAUUAAGGAUCAGGGUCAUUGCGGGUCGUGCUGGAGCUUCAGUGCCACCGGAUCGUUGGAAGGUCAGCAUUUCCGAAAAACAAACAAACUAGUGUCCCUGUCCGAACAGAACCUAGUCGAUUGCUCGGGCCGUUACGGAAACAACGGUUGCAACGGCGGUCUGAUGGACAACGCCUUCAGAUACAUCAAGGACAAUGGCGGUAUCGACACCGAGGCCGCCUAUCCCUACAAGGCGGAAGACGAGAAAUGCCACUACACGCCGAAAAGCAAGGGAGCCACCGAUCGCGGUUUCGUCGAUAUCCAGUCGGGAAGCGAGGAACAACUUCAAGCUGCCGUCGCCACUGUCGGGCCCGUCUCUGUAGCCAUCGAUGCCAGCCACGAGACGUUCCAGUUGUACUCUGAAGGCGUGUACUACGAUCCGGAGUGCAGCCCCGAAGAAUUGGAUCACGGAGUGCUCGUGGUUGGGUAUGGAACCGACGAGAAGGGCGGUGACUAUUGGUUGGUUAAGAAUUCGUGGGGCACCAGCUGGGGACAGGAGGGUUACAUUAAAAUGGCCAGAAAUAAGGAUAACGCUUGCGGGAUAGCCACGCAGGCGAGCUACCCUCUCGUUUAACGUAAGAUAUUAAUUGUAUACAAAACGGCAGUCUAUAUGGGUUGCCGUCGACUCACGAUUAUAAAUAAUUUUGUAUGUAAACUCUCUCUACUCCUUAGGUCUAUGAAAAAAAUUAGUGAUUCUCUUUUUAUAUUAUAGGCUGUGUAAAUGUUUAAUUUGUAGAUUGUUAUGGAUAUCAAUAAAGAUUUAAGAAUU